UAUGCAAACUAGGUUGUGACGUCGUUUACGCGUUAAAGGGACGCGUCCAGUUUUUCCUCAUUUUAUGUUUUGCAUCAUAUUUUCUUCACCUCAUUGCGUGAUCAUUUGUGAUUUAUGCAUCGACCUUUGGCAGUGCAGCAUCAGCGUCUCGUUUGCUGUGGUUUGUAAUGAGUUUAAAGAAGAUCAGGGCUUCAUAAACUCUUAAUUGACGGCCAGCUGUGUCAGCUGAAGGCAUGAUGCUGUCAAGCGCUAACACGCUGCCGAAGCUGUAUCUGUCCGUCAUCGAGGAUGUGAUCGAGAGCAUCAGAGAGCUGUUUUGUGAUGAAGGAGUGGAGGGACGAGUGCUGGACAACCUCAGACAGCUCUGGGAGUCAAAGGUCAUUCAGUCUAAGGCUGUGGAGGGUUUCAUGAAAGACAACAAUCCGUCCAAUUUUGUUCUGCAGCUUCCAGCGAACUACUCUCAGAGUCUCCAUAAACCCACCGUUGUCAUUCCAGCAGCUCAGAAUGUGCCGAGUUUCUCCUCCAAAGCAAGCAGCUGUGGUUCUGUCGCGACCUUCUCUCUGCCGGCUGGAAUCACGUAUCCAGUGCAGAUCCCCGCAGGCGUCACGCUGCAGACGGCCUCAGGGCAUUUCUAUAAGGUGAAUGUUCCUGUGAUGGUGACGCGAGGAGCUCAGCAUGUGCUGAACCCCGCGGCUGUGGCCCGCAGCAGCGCUCUGACCCAUCUGUCUGAUCCGGGUCCAGCAGCUUCAGUGUGUGAGACGCCUUUGAACCGCCAGAGCGCUGACGGAGCCUCGCUGUCCGCCUCUAACGCUCAGAGCGAGUUCACACUGGACGGCAUUGAGUUCAGCCCGCAGCCCGCCGACAUGAGCACUCCGCCGGCUCAGGCGCUGCGCUCCGAUUACAGCCGGCAGCAGAGAGAGCAGUCCACUGCCCUUCCAGACCUGCAGACUGAAGCUGCUCCUGACAUCAAGCUUGAGACGGAGCUGCAGACCGAGCUCAAAUUCAACCAGCUGCUGGACAUCACACAGCUGGACGGAGUCGCUGACAGCAGCUCAGACACGGAGGAAGAUGAUGAUGAUGACGAUGACCUGGGGCUCGUUGGAGAGAAGGAGUUUCUGGGAAUGAUCAAUGCCACUGAGGAGGAGGAGCUGGAAGAGGAAGAGGAUCCGCUGAACUCUGGAGAUGACGUGAGCGAACAGGACAUCCCAGAGAUCUUUGACACGGAGAACGUCAUUGUGUGCCAGUAUGACAAGAUUCACCGUAGCAAAAACCGCUGGAAGUUUUACUUGAAAGAUGGAGUCAUGAGUUAUGGAGGGAAAGACUAUGUUUUCUCUAAGGCUGUGGGGGAGGCAGAGUGGUGAAGAGGAAAUAUCAAUGACACAAUUACUGCUUUACAAGUAUUUGUUAUCUAAUCUUGCAUACUAAUUAUAAUUUACAUCAUCUUAUGAUUGCAUUUUUUUUUCUUAUGAGAUUGUGACUGUAUUCUGAUACAGAAAAAAAUGUUGGUGCUUUUUGAGUUAAAGA